AUGUAUUGGGACUUAUCACUGUCAAUUUGCUUCCCUGAAACUAGUGGGAGGACCGCACUCGAAACAGCAUUCGAUGGCAUGACGAAAGGUAUGGUUCCCGAGAUCAAACAUAGUGAAGCAAAGCAUCAUAUACGUGCAGCGAACGCCAUCAGGCGGAAAACGGCGCCCUAUCCCGGCUCUUAUGAAUGGGUCACCGAAGCAGUGGAGAAGGUGGAAGGAGAAGCCAAAAAAAAGAAACUCGUUCCGAAGGGUAUAUUGGAGACGGGAAGUGCCUUUGCAAGCAAAGAUGAGGGCGUCGAGAGUGAAUUCGACGACGAAGACAGGCUUCUGCGGGCCACACCACAGGUGUCGAUGCGCACGCUAUUCGAGCUGUUGAGGCCGGAAACGAAUCGCAUGGCGGUUGCUAUGGGAGCCGUGUUGGUCAGCUCACUGGCGUCACUCGCUUUCCCAUCAGCGGUGGGCCAGGUAGUUGACAGUGUGUCUGCCACCAAUCCCGACGGUCCCUCCUUUGAAACGGCGCAGCAAAUCAUACUGGCUAUGUUAGGCGUAGUGGGGGUGGGAUCCACAGCUGUUGCGGUGCGCGUGUCGCAGCUGAAUAUUGUUAGUGAGCAAGUCGCACGGACACUGAGGAAGAAUGUCUUUGAAUGUAUGGUAUAUCAGAAGUUGCGCUUCUUCGAAGAGAAUGAGACGGGGAGGCUGGUAAACAGAUUAAGUACUGAUACGUCGAUGGUAGCCUCCACGCUGACGGAUAAUGUUGCGCGUUGUAUAAAGGCUGGCACCGCUGUGUUCACCUCAACUGGGUUCUUAUUGAGCAUUUCUCCUCAACUCACGGGUGUGACCUUGCUUGUACUGCCCGUGUUUGGUGUGGCAGCGUAUACUUAUGGCGAGUACAGAAAAAAACUCGCCCAAAUACUGCUCACACGGUACGCAAAGGAGAAUCAGGUGUCCAUGGAACGACUGCAGGGCAUCCGAACGGUACACUCCUUCACUGCUGAACCUGCCGAGGUCGAAAGAUAUAAGAGGGCGGUGGACAGGUCAUUCGGCUUAGCGAAAACGGUCGGGUACGCGGAGGGUGCCUUUUUAGCCGGUGGUUUUGCCGUUGCACAGUGCACACUUCUGGGCGUAUUGUACUAUGGAGGCUCUCUCAUGGUUCAAGAUGCGCUGAGUGUGGGCCAGCUCACGAGCUUCUGCAUGUACACUGGCUAUCUCUUCGUCAGUGUAGGGCAGGUGUCUGUGGCUAUGAGUGAGUUCCUGAAAGCACAGGGGGCUGCCAGACGAGUAUUCAGUGUCAUCGACACUUCUAACCUAAACAGGCAUAUAUAUCCCAUGAAGGAUCCCGAGGGCGCAAUCAUGCCAGACAUGACCAAUUUCUCUCCCGAUAUUGAAUUGAAGAAUGUAAACUUUGCAUACCCUACACGGCCGGACAUUCAGGUGCUGAAGAAUGUGUCGCUCUCUUUGCAAGCCGGCCAUACACUCGCUAUAUGUGGCGGGUCAGGGAGUGGCAAAUCAACAUUGGGACUACUAUUAGGACAAUAUUACGAUGUCGAUGAGGGCUCUGUCACCAUUGGCGGUUAUGAAGCAAGCAAACUCCCUCUUGGCUUUUUGCGAACGAACAUUGCGGAAGUGACACAAAUGCCGUUGCUGUUCUCUGGCACUGUGAAAGAGAACAUUAAGUAUGGGAAUCCGGACGCAACGGACGAACAAAUUUAUGAAGCAGCCAAGACAGCAAAUGCACAUGGCUUCAUCCAAAAGCUGCCAAACGGUUACGACACGCAGUGUGGUGAGAGGGGGAAGGCUCUAAGCGGAGGACAAAUGCAGAGAGUUUGUAUAGCCAGAGCCGUGAUCAAGGACUCGCCGAUAUAUAUCAUGGACGAGGCCACUAGCGCGCUCGAUGCUGAAUCCGAGCAACUAGUCGUGGAAGCACUACAAAAGGUCAUGAAAGGCCGGACCGCGAUCGUGUUCACGCACCACCUCAACGUUUUGAAAGCGGCUGAUAUGGUGGCUGUAAUGGAUUCGGGCCAAGUGGUGCAGGCAGGAAAAUAUGAGGAAUUAAUUCAACAAGAGGGGCCUUUAAAACGCAUAGCUGCAACAUUACAAUAA